AUGUCAAAGAAAAAUUGUAUGUGGAAACUCUGACCGUUAAUAUCAAAAUUGCGACUGAAGGAUAUAUUUGAUCCCCUUUAAAGCAGUACGUACAGAAACUAGAAAAAUCCCUGCCAAAGCAUAAGUGAAUGCGGAAGCUCUGACUGUUAACAUCCAAGCUGAGACUGAAGGCAAUAAUCUAAUUCCCUUUUUAAAACAGUUGCAUUCUCCUAUAGAGAUGGAGAGCAUUAUUGAAGGAAACCAACAUUUGCAAGACAUCGAGACCCUCGUUCAACAAGGGGAGUACACCGCCGCUUUACUGGCAAUGAAGGAGGACGUGGAGUCCACAUCUAACAAAAUACUGUACAACUUUUACAAAAAUACCUGCAUGGCCUUGGAUGAUGCCAACUCGACAGACAAAGACAUCUUGAAAGCCUUAGCAAACCAUGCAUUGGGUGUGGUUUAUAGUGAAACCCUAAAGCACAGAGAGAAGGCAAAGGCAUUGCCUUUUUACAUAACAGCGAAGGACAGCCUGUUAGAAGUCGGGCUGCGACAAAAGGAACUUAUAUCCGAUAAUGUAAACGUGGCAGACGCUUUAAUGAACCUAUACGCGGCCAUCGCCUGGUGUUACAAUGUGAAAUACGACUUUGAACAGCAACAUGUUCACCUGAGAGGGGCUAGAGUCAUAGUAGAGGGAAGGGGAUUGAAAGAAAAAGCGGUAUGCUUGCUGAUGCAGUUGGGUCGCUCUUGCCUCAAUCGGAAGGACUUAGAGAAUGCGACUUACUAUAUAUCCCAAGCCAUAGAUUUGGCCGAACAACUUGGCAGGAAAGACAUUGUUGCAGCAUGUUUGCUGUCAAAACAAGAUGUCCGUGUUUCAGAAAGAUACAACGAUGCGGAUUGGGAGGAAAUGGAGAAAGCGCUGCAAAUAGCCCAAGACAUAGGGGACAAACUGUUGCUAGCUCAUACCCAUGUUUGUAUCUCCAAUGAUCGCCGUGAGUUCGGUUCAUACCAGGAUUCUUUUGAUCACGCCACCCUAGCUUUAAAAAUUGCGGAAUCCCUCGAUGAAAACGACUACGAUUCUCAAGAAAUAUUGAGUUUGUGUCUGACUUGCAUGAGCAAAACUUGUACACUGGUAGGAAACACUGAUAAGAGCACUGCGUUUUCUUGAACAAAACCGACGCGUUUUGCAGAACUUAGGAGACCGCGUUCGUCUUAGUGACGUGGAAGUGGAAAUAGCUUACUUAACACUUGCAAAGACUGAUUCUGAAUCAAAAAUUAACUCUUUAUUUGAGCCAACUAAAAAAUGCUAUAAAGAUGCAAUAGAUUUUGCUGAUAAAAUAAAAGACAAUGACCGUUUAUGCAAAGCAAACUACAAAUAUGCUGCUCUUCUGGAGCGAUAUGGAUCUACAAUGGACGCCAUUUCGCAUUUUAAAUGGACAAUUGGAUUGGCCCGGGGCGUUAAAAACCUGUCUGUUAAGUGUUUAUGCCAUCAACAUUUGGCGAAGAUUUUCAUAAAACAACGGGGAUUCGUUGAUGCGGAAAGACACGCUUCGGCAUCUCUGCAACUGGCUAUUGAGUUGACAAGUACAGAACUGCAGCAAAUGUGCUACACGCUGCAGGGCUCUUUGUACAAGGCACAGGGUCUACUCAAGAAAGCCAGGACAUCAUACGUGCAUGGAAUUUCAAUAGCGUCUUUUGUUCGAGAAAGAAAGUUGAAUGACGAUGACAACAAAAUAGAAUACUUCGAGUCGGUGAUGGAGGGCUUCAAUGCUCUCCAAGAAAUUUAUUUACAGCAAGAAGAAUACACCGAGGCUCUGUCAGUGGCUGAGCAAUG